AUGCAGCAGAAUGCCUCAUCACGAGCGUCCGACGCCUCCGAGGUUGUGAGCCCACGACGUAGCAGUGUGUUUGUGAAACGCGGAUCAGUAACGAUGGACCCGAUAAAAAAAGUGAAUAUCGAGGAUGUGUACACUGUGUAUAAACAGCUCGGUACGGGACGAUUCGGGUACAUCAAACUUGCCGAACACAAACAAUCCAAACAAAAAAUCGCUAUCAAGUUCUUCCCUCGACCUCAGACGAAACAGGUUGACUUUAUUCGGGAAUAUAACUAUUCUUUCUUUUUAUCGCCACACCCUCAAAUUAUCGACACCUACGAAGGAAUGCAUCAGACAGGAGACGAGUCGGCAUUCUUCUUCGUUCAACAGUUCUGCCCUAGUGCCUCAUUGAGGGAAGCCGUAGAGGCCACAAAUCAGCAAGGGAUUGGUGAGGUCAAUACAAAGAAGGUGUUCGGAGCUGUGCUAUCCGCCAUCGAAUUCAUGCACAACGAGAAUCUCGUGCAUCGUAAUCUGAAAGCGGAGAACAUACUGCUAUUCGACAACAAUGAUUACUCUAAAAUCACUCAAGAAUCCACUUGA